CUGUUGAAUGUCAUCUCAGUACACCAUGGCGUCUAUCUGUUUUGUUUGGUUUGUGUUAUCUCUAUGUCUGGUGGGUGCCUACAGAUACCAGCCAGCCGUCUAUUACCUGUCUGACCAUUGUGAAGACUCGAGUGUUACCUCCCUGACGAAGGACGUCCGGCUGCUGAUGAAUCGCUUCCCAGGCACACCCCUUCAGUACAACUGGAGGUGUGCCAUGGUCUUUAAGACAGAACCCGGUAACAGACUGCGGGUGACUUAUAGGAACCUCAAUACAACCUGGUCCACUGGCUGUGUCCACAACAGUGUCAAGAUAUUCGACACCAUUACACAGAGAGGAUUAAAUGGUAAAAACGGUGACUGUGGUGUCCAUCCUUUAAAUACAACUUACUCCUCAUAUGAAUACAUGAUCACCGUCAUGGUGGAGACGGACAACUAUACUCAGUACGGGCAGUUUGACAUCCUUGUGACGUUAUUUAACGCAUGAA